UUCUCCUCGCCUUGUUUGCCUCCAGUCCGGCUGUAGCUCCGACUGUCUGCACGGCGUGUGGAUGAGGCGCAGAGGGAACGACCGGGAGCGCACCGAAAGCUAGACUGAAGAAGUCAUAUUACCCCUCUUCGGGCUGUAUCUGUGAUCCAGGCCGCUGGAGACCUCCAGACAGACUUGACGUGCUCGGAGUUUCAUUUUGUAGCGAGACUGGGGCGCAUCUCGUCUCCUUGAAGUGAUCCUUUUUAUGCAGUCUAUCCGUAGCGCUCCCGUCGGAAGGAGCCUGGGUGCACGCACAAGAGGAAGGAGGGGGGAAGUAACGAUCAUUACUUUUGAACAGACCCCUCGCCAUGGAGCUAUCCGUCCGGUCCCGGACGUUUUGGCUUGAAGAGGAGCAGAUACCUGCCACAGGAAACCCCGCCGUCUGCCCACUGUGAAGAAAGUGUAGCAUGCAGCCGAGCCCCAGCCGUCUUUGUGCGACCCGCUGCUUAGUUUCUGGGGGCCUCUUCUGAAAAAAAGGGAGAGCAGGGGUGCUCCUGGUGUUGAUCUGAAAUUCACACUCCAUGCCGGGAUCCAUAUUUUGGCACGGCGUACCACAAUGAAAAGAUGACUGGUGAUACGUCUCCGAGAACUACUGAUCGUUGACAUCGCUCCAGCUUUCCACUCUUCCACUGCGACUCACCGAACCGCUAUUAUUAGCUAACAGGCUCCCCGGAUUGUCUGCAUACAGCGCACAAUGGCCUCUGCACUGUGGAGGUGUCCGAUGUUUCGCUGCCUCUUGCUCCUUCUCUUCUGCUUUCACUGCUCACAAGGGUUCAGCCGUGCAGCCUUGCCUUUCGGGCUGGUCAGGAGGGAGCUCUCAUGUGAAGGAUAUGCAAUUGAUCUCCGCUGCCCGGGGAGUGAUGUCAUUAUGAUCGAGACGGCCAACUACGGCCGAACCGACGACAAGAUCUGUGACGCUGACCCAUUCCAGAUGGAGAACGUCAACUGCUACCUCCCCGAUGCCUACAAGAUUAUAUCACAAAGGUGCAACAACCGUACGCAGUGUGUGGUUGUCACUGGCUCUGAUGUCUUUCCUGAUCCAUGCCCUGGCACCUACAAGUACUUAGAGGUCCAGUAUGAGUGUGUUCCCUAUAAAGUGGAGCAAAAAGUUUUCAUUUGUCCCGGGACUCUGAAGGGUGUAGGAGACGCCACCUUCCUGUUUGAGGCAGAGCAGCAAGCCGGGUCGUGGUGCAAAGACCCGCUGCAAGCCGGUGACAAAGUCUUCUUCAUGCCCUGGACGCCGUACCGCACUGACACCCUCAUCGAGUAUGCCUCUUUGGAGGACUUCAAAAACGGUCGCCAGACGACCACCUAUAAACUGCCGCACCGUGUUGACGGGACAGGCUUUGUGGCCUAUGAUGGUGCUAUCUUCUUUAACAAGGAACGCACUCGCAACAUUGUCAAAUUUGACCUGCGCACUCGCAUCAAAAGUGGCGAGGCCAUUGUCAAUAAUGCCAACUACCACGACACCUCGCCUUACCGCUGGGGUGGCAAGACAGACAUUGAUCUGGCAGUAGACGAGAGGGGCUUAUGGGUCAUCUACGCCACAGAGCAGAACAAUGGGCGCAUUGUGGUGAGCCAGCUCAACCCAUACACUCUCCGCUUCGAGGCCACAUGGGAGACAGCGUAUGACAAGCGCUCUGCCUCUAAUGCCUUCAUGGUGUGUGGCGUGCUCCACGUGGUGCGCUCGACCUACGAAGAGAACGAGAGCGAGGCCAGCAGGAGCCAAAUUGAUUACAUCUACAAUACCAAGCUGAACCAGGGCGAGUACACCGACAUCCUCUUCCCCAACCAGUACCAGUACAUCACCGCUGUGGAUUACAACCCCAGAGACAACCAGCUGUACGUGUGGAAUAACUUUUACAUCCUGCGCUAUGACCUGGACUUCGGGCCACCGGAUCCAGCUGAAGUGCCAACCAGCGAAGAUUUCUCAGUCUCAUCAUCCAUGCCAAAGACCAUAGUCGUCACCACCACCACCGCCGUGUCUACUGUGAAGGGGCAGGGUGACACCACUGUAGCAGGAGCAGAUCCAAGAGAUGGGAGAGACCCGUUUGAGGACAGCCGUGGCACAGGGACAGCAGAGCCCACCGUCCCUGAGCUGCCACCAACGCCCAGGCGCUUCUGUGAGGCGACCAGGAGGAGAGCCAUCGACUGGCCCCAGACCCACACUGGAAGCACUGUGGAGAGGCCCUGCCCCAAAGGGACCAGAGGCAUCGCCUCCUUCCUCUGCACUGUGGCAGGGACCUGGUGUUCCAAAGGCCCAGAUCUCAGCAACUGCACCUCCCACUGGGUGACUCAAGUGGCACAAAAGAUCCGAAGUGGCGAAAAUGCUGCAAAUUUAGCCAACGAGCUGGCACGCCACACACAGGGCCCCGUGUUUGCCGGAGACGUCAGCUCCUCUGUGCGCCUGAUGGAGCAGCUCGUGGAUAUCCUGGAUGCUCAGCUGCAGGAGCUCAGACCCAGCGAGAAGGACUCAGCUGGACGCAGCUUCAACAAGCUUCAAAAAAGAGAGAAGACAUGCAGGGCAUACAUGAAGGCAAUUGUGGACACUGUUGACAACCUCCUGAGGCCGGAAGCUCUGAAAUCCUGGAAAGACAUGAAUUCCACGGAACAAACGCAUGCCGCCACAAUGCUACUGGAUACCCUGGAGGAAGGGGCAUUUGUCCUUGCGGAAAACCUGAUCGAGCCGGCAAUCGUAAAAGUGCCCGCAGAGAAUAUCAUGUUGGAUGUGUACGUGUUAAGCACUGACGGUCAGGUGCAGGACUUCAGGUUUCCUCAGACAAGCAAAGGUGGAGCAUCUCUGCAGCUUUCCUCCAACACUGUCAAAGUCAACAGCAAAAAUGGUGUGGCCAAGCUGGUAUUUGUGCUCUACAAACACCUGGGUCAGUUCCUCAGCACUGAGAAUGCCACACUGAGGGGAAUGGGGGACCUGAACAAGCGCAACCUCUCACUCACCGUCAACUCCCACAUCCUGUCAGCUUCUAUCACCAAGGAGUCCAGCCGUGUGUUCGUCGCCGACCCCGUGAUCUUCACACUGGAGCACCUGGAUAAGGAGCACUACUACAAUCCCAACUGUUCCUUCUGGAAUUACUCUGAGCGGAGCAUGAUGGGAUACUGGUCCACUCAGGGCUGUAAACUGCUGGAAACCAACAAGAGCCACACCACUUGCUCCUGCAGUCACUUGACCAACUUCGCCAUCCUCAUGGCUCAUCGGGGGAAUGUGGGGGACGGGAGUGUCCACGAGCUUCUUCUCACCGUUAUCACACGAAUGGGUAUUGCUGUGUCUCUCGUCUGCCUCGCCAUCAGCCUCUUCACCUUCUGCUUCUUCCGAGGACUUCAAAGCGACCGCAACACCAUCCACAAAAACCUCUGUCUCAACCUCUUCAUCGGCGAGCUCGUCUACCUCGUGGGCAUCAACAUGACAGAACCAAAGCUGGUGUGCUCUAUCAUCGCUGGGGUUCUCCAUUUCUGCUUCCUGGCUGCGUUCGCCUGGAUGUGUCUGGAGGGCGUGCAGCUGUACCUCAUGCUGGUCGAGGUGUUUGAGAGCGAGUUCUCGCGCAGGAAGUACUACUACGUCUCUGGGUACCUCAUCCCGGCUGUGGUGGUGGGCAUCUCAGCUGCCAUCGACUACAGAAGCUACGGCACACAGCGGGCAUGCUGGCUGAGGGUUGAUAACCAUUUCAUCUGGAGCUUCAUUGGACCUGUGACCUUCAUAAUUGUGGUCAAUGUCAUCUUCCUGGUGGUGACAAUGUUCAAGAUGGUGAAGCACUCCACCUCCAUGAAACCCGACUCGUCCAGGCUGGGAGGUAUCAGGUCGUGGGUGCUGGGAGCGUUUGCCCUACUUUGUUUAUUGGGGCUCACAUGGUCCUUUGGGUUGUUGUUCCUUAAUGAAUCAUCCAUUGUGAUGGCUUACCUCUUCACCAUCUUCAACACUCUGCAAGGGAUGUUCAUCUUCAUCUUCCACUGCCUCCUCCAGAAAAAGGUCCGCAAAGAAUACAGCAAAUGUUUCCGUCAGUCCCAGUGCUGCGGCGCGCUGCCAUCUGAGGGUCCCCACAGCGCAGCCAAGACAGCCACGUCUCGAUCCACGGCCCGCUACUCAUCUGCAACACAGAGCCGCAUCAGGCGGAUGUGGAACGACACUGUGAGGAAGCAGUCGGAGUCCUCCUUCAUCUCGGGAGACAUAAACAGCACCUCCACACUCAACCAGGGGAUGACUGGCAACUACCUCCUAACUAACCCUCUCCUCCGAACCCACGACACUAACCCUUAUAACAACCUGUUGGCAGAAACGGUGGUGUGCAACACCCCCUCACCGCCGGCCUUUCACUCCCCAGGACAGCACUCUCUGAGCAACAGCAGGGACAUCAGUGCCAUGGACACCCUCCCCCUCAAUGGCAAUUUCAACAACAGCUACUCCCUGCGAGACGACGACUAUGAGACCGUGGGUGUCAGAGCCCCGGGUGACCUGGGGGGCCUCAACCUGGAUGAUGCCGCCUUUGAGAAGAUGAUCAUCUCUGAGAUUGUCCACAACAACCUAAGGCCCCGCGGGGCCCCAAAAGGUCGCGAUGCCCCGAGGGAGCAGGACAGAGCCUUGCCUCCGCAGACCAGAGUGACAGUGGACCGAGGUGGGGGCGGGAGCGGCAGUGAGGAUGACGCCAUUGUGGCGGAUCACGCCGAGGCCUCAUCCCCCCAGAGAGGAAGUGGAAGAGGAGGCCACGCCACCCUGGAGCUGCUCCUGCACCCCCACCACAAGGAGGCGCUGGAGGCCCCCCUCCUGCCCCAGAGGACUCACUCCCUGCUCUACAGCGCCCAGAAGGCCCCCAGGCGCAUGGAGGGGCAGGGCGGCCAUGGCUCUGAGACUGUUACUGCAGUGGAGGACGCGGGCUCCAAUUCACCCAACAAUAACAGAGACUCCCUUUACACCAGCAUGCCAAACUUGAGAGACUCACCCUCGCCCUCGGCUUCGCCGUACCCCCCAGAGGAGGAGGAGGAGCUCUCCCCUUCACCUCGAAGCGAGAGCGAGGACGCGUAUCAUAAAAGCAUGCCUGAGCUCGGCGAUGCGCCGCAGCCCCUGUCCUACUACCACAUAAACCGAGGCACCAGCGAUGGGUGCAUCAUCCCACCGAACAAUGAAGACUGCGCACAGGAAGGAGAGGCGCCCAGCGACGGACAAAUGCAGCUCAUUACCAGCCUCUGAGCCGGCCCUCUUUGUUUGCACAGGUUUUAACAGAUGGGUGCUUUCGGUUGAUGUCAAGAGAGCCAGCAAGUCUGGCUCCGCACUCCACAUGCCCUUCCUGUUAGGACAGGAAGUGAAAUGCUGUUGGGUGGGAAAAGGAAUGAAGAAAUGACUUUUGCACACAGAUCCCAUUAACACACAAAACACGUCCAUUCGAGGCCAGACAAAUGUGGACUGUGAAAGCUCUGCUGUUGGACUAAAGAGGUGCAGAGAAUAACACACAGGCCGCCGUGUCAGAGAUAAGUCUGGCAUUUCUGUUGUACUGUACUGUCGAAGAAUAAGGGAUGAAAAAAUACUCCAAGGAAAGAACUAUGAAACUCCUGACAUAUUCUUGGGGGACUUGCAGAACCAGGGUCUUUUUAGUCAUGAAGUACAGAACUAGAACUAGUGUGGCUCCACUACACAGUCAGGACUGUAAAGUUAAGAAACCACUAAUUCAGACUCAGGCCUUAUAUUUUCUCUAUUGCACAUUUAACUGUUGUCAAAGUAACAGCUAAAGAAAAUAUAUUUUGCUGUACCACUAGUGUAAAAAGUAAAAAAAAGAAAGAAAGAACAAAAAAAAAAAAGGAAACGGCAACCAUUCAGUAGUUAUGCCCUUUCAAUGUUAAUAAGAUUCUUCGAGGUUAAGGUUAGGGACAAGGUUAAUCAAAUGGUGGAAACGUGCUUUUUCCUCUCACACUUGACUCGUUGUAGUAUGUAUUGAAUAUUAAAAAAAGUUUCGGAGCUAUCAGUCCAUAUGAAAUCAUGCUCACAUCUCUGCUUGUGAAGUGCUUUUGCUUUCAUGAAUGAUGAGUUUUUGCCAGUAGUAUAUUUGUUAACACCGGGCCAUGCACAGAUUUGGAGUGAAUUGGAAACUUGUGUAAUUUAUUUUGCUUGAAAGAAAUUUGUCAGGUUUAAAGACUUAUGUUCGCGUCAAGGCGAUACUGUAGUUUUGGCGGACAUAUUUCAUCCUUUGACACUAAUUAAUUUAUUAACUAAAAAAAAGGAGAAAAAAAAGAACAUGGUUGGAACGUGUGAAAAGUUGUUGCAGCACUGAUUAGGUUCAUUUUAUUUCUUUUGUAAGAGCCCAUCAUCAGCUGAUAUUUAAUUCAACUCCUGUUUGAUAUCAAAUAAAUGUGAAUUUUUUCUUGUUCGCA